AUGACUCCGCGAUCCAACGUUUCAACCAGCAGUGGCAAUGGGCGGCUGCCGCUCGAAUGCCCAGCUUCAAUCGACGAACAUGCAUUGGUGACGAGGAUAGAUCGACGACUGUUACCAAUGCUAUUCGUCAUUUACGUUGCUGCCUUUCUUGAUAGAGUCAACAUCUCCAACGCCUUGACGAUGAGCCUACCGAAAGACCUGAAACUGGUGGGCGUACAGAAGAAUAUUGCCUUGACUAUAUUCUUCAUUCCAUAUAUCCUCUUCGAGAUACCUUCAAACAUUUUGAUGAAGAGGUUUCGGCCAAGAGUAUGGCUUUCAGGAUGCAUAUUGGCGUUUGGAAUUGUUAUGCUAGGUCAAGGCUUUGUCACCACCUACCGUGGCCUUCUUGUUACAAGAUUCUUUCUCGGCCUAGCAGAAGCGGGAAUCUUUCCUGGAAGCUUUUAUCUUAUCAGUGUCUGGUACAAACGCGAAGAAUCGCAGAAAAGGUUCACACUCUAUUGGUGUUCUGUUCUAAUAGCGACUGCCUUUGGAGGUCUUCUUGCAUCUGCGAUCGCAAAUAUGGACGGCAUUCGUGGUCAUCACAACUGGCAAUGGAUCUUCAUCCUAGAAGGAACAUCAACAAUAGUCGUUGGCAUCGUAGCCUUUUUUUGUGUUGCUGACUUCCCAGAAAAUGCAAAAUGGCUGAACGUGGAAGAGAGGAAGUUCGUGAUAGCGCGGGCGCGCAGUAUGGACGAGGCACAAGACGUUACUCCUCGCGACGUCCUAGCAUUUUUCAAAGACAUCGGGAAUGUCCUUGGCGGUGUAAUGUACCUAGGUGUUGUCAUACCCAUAUACUCUUUUGCCUACUUUACACCAACAAUAAUAAGGACUUACGGCUACUCUGUCGUUCAAACUCAACUCCAUUCUGUGCCACCAGUCGCCGCCGCCAUGGUACUUUGUCUUAUCACGGCGUAUCUAUCUGACAGAGCAAAAGUCCGCUCGCCUUUCAUUGCAUUUGGGAUUGCUUUAACAGUUUCUGGACUUUCCAUUCUUAUGACUGUACAUCAUAAUUUAGCUGUGGAAUAUGCUGGAAUCUGCCUCGUAGCAAUGGGUACGUUCUCCAGCGGUGCUGUCAUCGUGUGUUGGUAUGUCAUGAAUUUACGAAGCCAUGCAGAGAGGGCUAUUGGCACUGCGUGGAUGAUUGGGUUUGGAAACUGUGGUGGAAUCAUUGCCACUUUUUCAUUCCUUCAAGCCGAUGCACCGUAUUAUCACACUGGUUACUCAAUCUGCAUGGGGGCCACUUGUAUCUGCACUGCAGCAGCGAUAUUAUACUGCGGCUCUGCAUGGAGAAAGAACGCAUCUUCCAGGGGUGAAACAGGUAACGGGAGAACAUUUCAGUAUUAA